AUGCAAUUGCCAUCACGAAACUCGGUUGCCAUCUGCGCCGCCGCCCUCUCCGUUUUUGCCAUCUCGACUACCAAAGCUGCCGGAAUCCGACCGCCGCGCCACGACGCACUUGCGGGCGGAGGCAGCCCACACGGUCUCGCCCGAGAUGGUCCGGCCUUCCCGUUCUGGAGAUGGAUGCGCGAGAGCGCCGCCGAGGCCGUCUUUGGACGGGCGAAGGAAGAUACAAAGCCCAGCGGGGCGCUGCGGUCCCGAUACCACAGCGACGUUGUGAUCCGGUUCAAUGUCACAAACUCUGAGGAAGAAGGCGCCCUCUCCAAUGCUGCCCAGCAGAUGCUGCUGGACGUGUGGUCGUUCACGCCAGAUUUUGUCGAUAUCAGGUUGCACAAGGACGAUGUGUCGUCACUCCUCACACUGCUGCCGGCUUCCCUGCAGCCGUCUGUGUUGAUCCCAGACGUAGCCGCCGCCGUCUGGGCGACGUAUCCGUCAAGUUCCAGGACCAAAAUUCGUUUCGAUGCAAGCGUCACCAACCCGGCCGAGCUGCGCACCUCUGUUGAAGGCAUGGGGAAUGUGUUUUUCAGCGACUAUCAACCUCUGUCGGUCAUCACAAACUGGAUGCGGCUGAUUGAAGCCAUGUUCCCUUCAUUCACCGAAAUGAUAUCCAUCGGGAAAUCAUUCGAAGGCCGAGACAUAUACGCCAUGCGCGUCGGUCACUACAAAGGCCGUGAUUAUGGGGACCUACCCCGAAAGACGAUACUCGUGACUGGUGGUCUUCAUGGCCGGGAAUGGAUUUCCACAAGCACAGUGAACUACCUUCUCUGGUCCAUCGUUACGACGUUCGAAAAAGAGCCAAUGGUGACGAAGCUACUCGAGCACUUCGAUAUCGUUUUCGUCCCCGUGCUCAAUCCCGACGGGUACGAUUACACCUGGCAGACGGACCGGCUGUGGCGCAAGUCGAGACAACAAACGAAGAUGCGGUUUUGCCGCGGCCUCGACCUCGAUCACGCUUUCGGAUACGAAUGGGAGUCAACCAAUCAUCAGACCGAUCCGUGUUCCGAAAGCUACGGCGGUGAUCAGCCAUUCCAAGCAGUGGAGGCCUCGGAACUAGCCAAAUGGGCCAAGAACGAAACACAGUACAACGUCGUGUUUUCCGGCUUUCUCGAUCUGCAUUCGUACUCGCAGCAGAUCUUGUUCCCCUACUCGUACUCCUGCGCUGUUGAUCCGCCUAACCGCGAGAAUCUUGAGGAGCUUGCGGUCGGUCUGGCAAAGUCCAUUCGACUCUCCAGUGGGGAACCCUACAGCGUUACGUCGGCAUGCGAGGGUGCAGUUGCUCUUGCAUACGGUGCAACCAGCUCUUUGCCCCGCGUUGAAUCUGGUGGCGGGUCAGCUAUUGACUGGUUUUACCACGAGGUCAAGGCCCGAUACAGUUACCAAAUCAAGCUUCGAGACACUGGGAGCUAUGGUUUCUUGCUCCCAAGCGAGUACAUCGUCCCGACUGGGAAAGAAACGCUUAACGCCCUGAAGUACUUUGGCGAUUACUUGCUCGGAAACAAUGGCAUUGAGAAGUUCCCAAUCCAGAAGGAGUCCGACCAGGACGAUAUGUGGAGGGAUCUGAAGCGGCGAAAGCGGUAA